GUCAAUAAACUCUUGCUACCCCACAUGUUCUGUGUGUGUAUAUAUACAAGUACAAAUGUAUAAAAUCUAACAACUCAAAUUUUUAUUUCAAAGGUGAAAUGAAGGUCUUCUCAAGGAAUUUGAACCUUGUUCCAAUGGUUUCACUUAUAGUGAUCAUCAUAUUGCAUUUGCAAUUCACAAAUGCAUAUAGCAGCAUACUCUUUGGCAACUAACCUGUCUAUGCAAUCAAGUGCUAUUGUUGAAGUUAACUAUAGGAUGCUAAGCAACAAUCUUCCUCCAGCAGACUUGGUGAUUAAGUUCUGUCAGUUUAAAAACAUCCAUCUCUUAAGAUUGUAUGAGCCACAUUCAAAUGCACUCGAUAGCCUAAGAAGGUCGAACAUCAAAGUUGCACUAGGCAUGAAAAAUGACAUAGUAACAAGCAUUGCUAUGGGUGUAGAUGUUGCCAUGGAAUGGGUUAACACCAAUGUUGCCCCUUAUGCUAAUGAAGUAGAUAUCGAAUGGAUCAUUGUAGGCAACGAGAUGGUGUCUGGUCCUUCUGCUGACCUCAUCCCUCAAGCCAUGAACAAUAUAUUGAGUGGCCUUAAUUCAGCCAGGUUAUCUAAUAUUAAAGUCUCGACAGUAGUAAAUGUCAAUGUCUUGGGUGUCUCCUCCCCUCCUUCUGCUGCGAGCUUCAGUGCAGAAGCUAACAAAUCUAUGCAAGGGAUCGUAACAUGGUUAGCAGGUACAAAAAACCCGCUGUUUAUCAAUGUGUUUCCUUAUCUAGCCUUAGCUUCAAGGCCUAAGGAGAUACCAUUAGAUUAUGCACUUUUCAAUGCACAACAGUCUGUAAUCGAUGGGACAUACAAGUACUAUAGUUUGUUUGAGGCUAUGGUAGACGCGUUUUAUGUUGCCUUAGGGAACAUCGGUGGGGGUAGUGUGACCCUGGUUGUGUUUGAGACAGGGUGGCCUACUGCUGGGAAUGAUCCUUAUACUAGUAAGUAAAAUGCACAAACUUAUAAUCAGAAACUCAUUGAUAAAAUGAAGCGAACAGGAACACCAAGAAAGCCAUCAAAUCUUUUGGAUAUCUUUGUAUUAUCUAUGUUUAAUGAGGAUAAGAGGGCAGCUGGAAUUGACCAAAAUUGGGGGAUCCAUUACCCAAAUUUGGAUCCUGUGUAUCCCUUGACAUUUUAACUAUUAUGGAGUAUGAUUGCUAAACCAUGCUAUGGCAUUUAAAGUUUUUUUUUUUUUUUUCUUUUUUUUUUUUUUUUUUU